CAUACAUGCGCAGUUCAGAGCCUUACCGGAAAUAAACAAGGGGGAGGUCACUAUCCUACAUAGCAGACAGUAAAUAGACCACCCCAUCCACGUAUCGGUUUGAACAGUAUAUAGUUUCACUUGAAAGUAUUUCUCAAAGAAAAAACUCUCAUACGUCUGAGUUUAGGAGUCAGUAAAGGGAACAUGGAGUGUGUUCCAGCUUCACUUGAUGAUUUUGGACCAGAGGUGAAGAAGGAGUCUGCUGUAGAAAGUGAGGCGUCACUCACAGCAGAUCCAGAACAUAAUGUUUACACACGGUUUAUGAAGUCCCACCGCUGCUAUGACCUGGUGCCCACCAGCUCCAAGCUAGUAGUGUUUGACACUUCGCUUCAAGUGAAGAAGGCAUUUUUUGCACUAGUAUCAAAUGGAGUCCGAGCCGCUCCACUGUGGGACAGCAAGAAGCAGUGUUUUGUUGGUAUGCUGACCAUAACUGACUUCAUCAACAUCCUCCACCGUUACUACAAAUCACCCUUGGUGCAGAUUUACGAGUUAGAGGAGCACAAAAUCGAGACCUGGAGAGAAGUGUACCUGCAGGACUCAUUCAAGCCUCUCGUCAGCAUCUCGCCAAACGCAAGUUUAUAUGAUGCUGUGGCGUCUCUGAUCAAGCACAAAAUCCACAGGUUGCCUGUAAUAGACCCUUUGACUGGGAACACGCUCUACAUUCUCACACACAAGCGGAUACUCAAGUUCCUCAAACUGUUUAUUUCUGAGAUGCCCAAGCCGGCCUUUAUGACUCGGAAGCUGGAGGAGUUGAGUAUAGGAACGUUUGAGAACAUAGCCGUUGUGCGCUCUGAUACGCCGCUCUACACAGCACUGGGCAUAUUUGUAGAGCAGAGGGUUUCUGCCCUGCCUGUUUUAGAUGACAAAGGACGUGUUGUGGAUAUUUACUCAAAGUUUGACGUCAUUAACCUGGCCGCUGAGAAGACGUAUAACAACUUGGACGUGACCGUCACCAAGGCCCUGCAGCACCGCUCACAGUACUUUGAGGGCGUGCUGACCUGCCACAAACACGAGACUCUAGAGACCAUCAUCAAUAGACUGGUGGAGGCUGAGGUGCACAGGCUGGUGGUGGUGGAUGAUCAGGAGGUGGCGCAAGGCAUUGUGUCACUGUCGGAUAUCCUCCAGGCGCUGGUGCUCACUGAGGGGGUAGAGGGGACGGCUCGAUAAUCUGCUGAGAGAGGAGUGAGCUUUUGUUUCUCUCUCUCUCUCUCUCUCUCUCCCUCUCUCUCUCUCUCUCUCUCUGUUUCUCACUCUGACUGUGGAUAAUGGCUAAUGGUGGACGACCGGCCCAGAAGGAAGACCCAGAAAAGAGAUCAGGAGAGCGGGAUUGUGUGUCGGACAGAGAGACGAGUCUUUGGACUUCUUGGGUUUGACUCCCCAUCUGUGAAAACUGCAAUAUCUUUCUCUCUCUCUCUCUCUCUUUCUCUCUCUCUCUCUCUCUCUCCUGCUCUCUCUUUCUCUUUGUCUUCUUUCUCAAUCUGUCUGUCAUUCUCUCUCCCUCUUUCAUUGUGAGAACACGAAGGAUUCAUAUUGUCACCAUUGAACCCGGCAAUACAUAUAGGCACUAUAAGCACAAAUACUGAAGUCAUGCCAAAAUUUCAAACCAAGCAACCAAACACACAGCCCACCAAAAGGACAUUCUGCAGGGGAACAGCCUGUUACUGUGUGAAAAACUGCAGUUACUGUUACUUUUCACAUACUGGCACAACUCUCUACAGCUUUUUUGCAUCAGGAGCUCAGGUGUAAAUUAUGCCUUCAAACAUUUUUUUAAUUUCAUGCUAUGAAAGGGAGCAAUUCAAGUUAAUUUGUACGUGGUAGAGUAAGAGAACCAUCCUCAGACAGAUAAGGGAUUUUAGCUGGACGUUUCAGACCUUUGCUGAACACCCCAGUGCUGGGCAGAUGUUUUCUCCGUGCCGUACCAACGCAGGUCAAAAAAACAGAUGAGUGUGAGAAGUCAGAGCUGCAUCUGAAAAAUUCCAAAAAAUCGUUUUUACUCCUGACGUUGUGUUCGAACCUUGUAAGCCUCUCCGCAAGGAGCUGGUGGCAGCCAGGCAACAGAUUCCCAUCCAUGGCUUUUGUUUGGCUACGUUGCUCUUGGGUUAAAACAAUAUCACAUUCCAUAGAUGCACAUCCAGAAUAAUUUUUCUCUUGAGAGUUACAUACCUACAGAGUAUUUGAUUACAGGCCAAAACCUCCCAUGAUCUCAAUCACUGAGUGAAUCACUCAGACCUAAACUUUGAAAUGCAGGCUCUGUCUUGGAAAUAGAAACCCAAAUUACACAUUUGCCCUUGAAAUGUGAAGUCUGCUGUGGAUAAAUAAUGAUUUGCUGUUUUUUUUGUUGUUUUUUUUGGGGCUUUUUUAUGCCUUUAAUCAGAUAGGACAGUGGAGAAUGACAGGAAGUGAGUGGGAGAGAGAGUUGGGGUGGGAUCCAGAAAGGACCACGGGGUGGGAAUCGAACCCGGGUCGCCGGCGUACGGUGCAGGUGCCCCAGCCAGUUGCGCCACAGCUGGGGCCAUGAUUUGCUGUUUUUAAGAGUUUGUUUUCAUCUAUAUGAAUACAAGGACACUGAAUAUUUAUGUAAUAAUCAUGGUUUUAUUAUAUAUAUUUCUUUUAAAUUUCACACACCCAGUUCUGUUAUGUUGUCAGGGAAAUGGACAUAAUUUCAGUGGUCAGUACGGAGCACUUCUUUUUUGAUCUCUAUGAACAGGUAUACUGCAAGCAUCAUUUGAAAAGGCAACUUUUUUUACUGCUUUGGGCUUAAGAAAUAGAAAGGAGGAGACUGUCUAUCUGUUGUUAGCCACAGGCCAAUUGCUGUAUUUUCAAAAAUCAUCAUUAGUGACCUAGCAGACCUAACGCUUCCAAUUGUAGAUUUGCUGGUCUUAGACAUGGUUAAAAAAAAGAGUGCAGUAUCUUCGUUUUCAGAAGUCUGUCUCUUGAUUCAUUCCAUACCUGUGUGUGUGUGUGUGUGUGUGUGUGUGUGUGUGUGUGUGUGUGUGUGUGUGUGUGUGUGUGUGUCGCAUCCAAGGAUCAUUCUGGUGUGAUGGGAGUUCUUCCUUCACAUCUUUUUCCCACUGGUCAGCAGUCAGCUCCAGGUCCGGUCCUUUAGCAGCACACAGACUGAGCUUUCCCCUCGUCAGCAGUUUCAUUUUCAAUGACUCGCUAACCUGACCCAGGUGGCAGCCCUCAUCACCCAGAAUGAAAUGGACCAAUCACAGGUAGAAGAGACAGCGUCCAUAGACAGAAAUAUUGUUUGAUGGUCUUCUGACCCCGACUUCUUUUAAUAACCAUGUCUCACACUUUGAAUAAUCUUUGCCCUCAAAAUGGGGACGCACAUGAAAGGGAUUUGUACAGCCAUUUCAUCAUGACAUCAUUUUCUCUGUUAUGAAAUCGCUGAAGCAUUCUAUAUUUUCAAAGCACAUAUAUGAUUAUUUUUCCAACAUACUGAUCAAUAUCCGAGGCAUUAUGUAUGUAAAUAUACCCCAUAUUUUGUACAAUGCGUAAUGUACUUGUAGUUUUUAACUUAAUGCAUGCAUCAUAUAAAUAUGUUUGUUCUCUUCA